UCCAUUAUGAACUAAAUUCAGAUUCAACGUGUCCUCACAAAAAUAGUACUUUCACAACAAUGUGCCCAAAAGAACAGAUAUACCAGAAACACACACACACACACACACACACACACACACACGCUCACUCAUAUAUAUAAACACUCCUCUCCUCUUGCUCCUCCUCUCCGUCCAACUUCUCCUCCUUGAGAUUUAAGAGUGUCGUCCUGAAUCUUCAAAGGCGCAGACGCAGCUCUGUGAUGUGAGAGUGAUUCAGUCUGAACCUGCAGAGGCCUGUACUUUGACCCCACUCCUCCUCCAGGAGGAAGAGGAGGAAGAGGAGGGAAACCAGACAUGAGGAAGACCAGCAGUGAAAUCCCCCUGGUCUUUGUGACGGAGGCGGAACGCAGCACCUGUGAUGUCCUCAGCAUCCCCGUGCCCAUCCGUCGCGGGGGCUCGGAGUCCAACUUGGACGUAGUGGACAACGUCAGCAGUGAUGGGAUCGGGCUGGAUUUCACCAAAGGAGCCCUGGGUAUCGACACCUUGCAGCAGAAGAUCCUAAAGGUCACAGAGCAGAUCAAGGUGGAGCAGUCGGCGCGGGAGCAGUAUCUGGCCGAGUACCUGAAGUUGGUGAACAAUGCCGACAAGCAGCAGGCGUCACGUAUCCGCCAGGUCUUCGAGAAGAAGAACCAGAAGUCGGCGCAGACCAUCGCUCGCCUCCAAAGGAAACUGGAGCAGUAUCACCGCCGUAUGAAGGAUGGCGAGACCAACGGCAAGCACGGCCACAAGGACGGCAGCGGCAGUAAAGACUCUGGCACUCAGAGCAAAGAGGGCAGCCUGCGGGACGUCAGUGCCACAGGGCGUCACCCUACCCUGGAUAAGGUGAAGACGAUCGGACCCGGGGUGUCGCUCUCGCCGCCGUUCUUCUUCAACAAGCCGCGGGAGUUCGCCAACCUCAUCAGGAACAAGUUCGGCAGCGCUGACAACAUUGCACACAUGAAGAGCUCCAUGGAAGCGGGCUCAGGACUUCAGGUGGAAGGCGGGGCGAGGGGUCUGAGCGGCAGCGCCACCACCGUGAGCAAGUCCAGCAAGUACCACAGCGACGACGAGUGCUCCACCGGAACGUCGGCUUCUGCGGACUCUAACGGAAACCCAGCUGGGGGCUCGGCAGCGGGGUCUGGAGGUGCUGCUCGGUCUGAGUCCAGCGGGCGUCUAACAGAGCUGAUGGACAUGGUGCGGGAGGUCAGGGAGGCUCAGGGACAACUGGCCGAGGACAUGCAGGCCAUGAACGUGCAGUUCAAACGAGACUACGGCUGCUUCACUCAGGUGCUGCAGGAGGAACGGUACAGGUAUGAGCGGUUGGAGGACCAGUUGAAUGACCUGACGGAGCUGCACCAGCACGAGACCAGCAACCUGAAACAAGAGCUGGCCAGCAUCGAGGAGAAGGUGGCGUACCAGGCGUACGAGCGGGCCAGAGACAUACAGGAAGUCCUGGAGUCGUGUCAGACCCGUGUGUCGUUGCUGGAGCUGCAGCAGCAGCAGCAGCAGCAGACGGUGCAGCUGGAGAACACGGACGCCAAAGUGCUGCUGGGGAAGUGCAUCAACAUCAUGCUGGCCAUCGUCACCGUCAUCCUGGUGUGCGUGUCCACCGCCGCGAAAUUCGCGGCGCCGUUGCUACGCAGUCGCCUCCACCUGGCGCUCACUUGCGUGGGCGUGUCCGUGUUAGCGCUGCUGUGGAAGAACUGGGAGCACCUGCAGUGCGCUCUGGAGCGACUGCUCCUGCCCCACUGACACCAGGGACCGGUGGAGACCAGAGAAAUCCUACGAGUCCACGGACGACAGAAACCAGUGAGCGCAGUUCAAAUGUAGCCGAUUCGUACAAACAACGCUGAAGAUGCUAAUGUGGCGCAGAGCUGCCGUAACGAGUUACUACAGAACAAACACAACGUGAAAACACAGGAAAAUAAGCUGGGAACUGAUCAGAGGUCAGUUUAUUUAUUUGGGUUGCUUGUCUGGAUUAGGUGGAGUUCACGCACCACCACCAGCUCUGAAGACUGACUAGACUCAACGUUCCAGUUGACGGUCAACAGACUGGAGCACUGACAACGUUUGUGGCAAAUAACUGCAGACCAGGUUCUUUAAGGUUUGGGAAGAUGAACCUUAAAACUCGCAAACAUGGGCAAACUAUGGCCCGCGGUCUAGAUCAGGCUCGUUGGACUUUUCAGUUUUCCUCCUCAUACGUUAAUACAAAUUGUCCUAAUAACAGAAGAGAUGGCGAACAGCAUUCAUGUUCUCACAGUGUGCAUUAUACAGCUUUUCAAUUGACCCACUAGGUGGCGCACCCCAGACACAACUGACAUAAGCUGUGAAUCUUCCUGUAAUUAUGGGUCGACCACAGAGAGCAGGUUAUUUUAUUAAUAAUCUAAUGACUAUAAUAAUUGAUUGACUUCCUGUCAGGAACUGGCCUAAAUUCUCAUUCUCAACCAAUCACAGCCUUGCUUGCUAGAAUAGACAUAGCCGUUGGUUAGUACUAAAUUGACCCAGACAACUGGUUCCCCAAACUCUGUAAAGUGUUUAAUCAACACACACGGUUGAGGGUGUUGAGGUCCGUUACAUCUGUGGACCCCGAUCCAAAGUUUUGUUCACGCCCACUCUCCAGAUGGUCCAACCUUUUGAUUCGCUCAUGGUUCCUGGCAUUUUUAAAACCUUCGCAAGUGUGAACUCAGCUUCACCGGAGGAUUGUGGGCCACUGAUGCCGAGGCCUGAAUAUAAACAAGUCAGAGUUUGUUGGUGUGUGUGUGUGUGUGUGUGUGUUUGUGCAUAUCAUGUUUUACAGUUGGUAUGUGUCCUUGUCCUCCAGCCUGCUGAGACACCAGAGGUUGGUUUAUUCUGUGUGUGUCUGUGUUUCUGUCUCUGUGACGUCUUUGUGGCUAAACUUCAAACAUUUUAAAUUUGUUUCCUCAAAUAGGACAUUUCAAAGAAAAACGCUUUCUUUUUCCAGCUCCAAAGACUGCAGCGUUAGCCUGGAUGUGCACGAUUAGCUCUCAACUUUUUACUCUCAACUUUUCUGGAGCAAAAUUGAAAAUAAUUUACCAGGAAGAAGAGACUCUGAUCUAGUGCUGAUGUUUUUAUCUUCUUAUUUAAAUUGAUUUUUUAAAAA